CGUAUCGACAAAUUUUAUCACGUGACCCGAAACAGGUAAACAGAGAGUUUCCCAGCCAGUGUGUUUAUAUACAUACCGCAUGUACACAUUGCAAAGAUUAUCUAGUAUUAUCUUGAAAUCAUGGUGUUUUACUGCUGUGUUCCCAAUUGUAAAUCUUCAGGAUUUGAUGAAAAUGUAUCAAUGCAUAAAUUUCCAAAUGAUGAAAGGCAAAUUAAGGUGUGGAAAGACAGGAUACGUAGGUCAGGGUCAUCGGCUACAAAGGAUGACUUUAGAGUAACAGCCAGCACCAGAGUCUGUUCAAAACAUUUCCAAUCUGUAGACUAUGUUUGCCCAGAUGCAGCAAAGAAACGUUUAAAGUGUGAUGCAGUUCCAUCUGUUUUCACAUGGAUUCACACACCAAAGCGGAAGUCACCGAGAAAGAGAAAGUUUGAGGACAGCGAUGAGACAGACACUGCAUCAGAAGGCGAGGAGAGAGUGCAUCAGGAAGUACAGGCUAAUAUAGUCAUGCCGUGUACUCAUAGAUUCUCAAUGAAUAACAUCGUACAUUCCAAUCCUAAGCUGAAUUUGUUACGUUUUUAUACAGGCUUUGCAACUAUUGCAGUUUUCAAUACCGUUUUAGAACUGAUUGUGCCAAAGAAGGACCGAAGUUCAAUAACAUACUGGGAUCGACGCAAAAGUAGUUCAUACACAUCUGGAGCUGAAUAUUUUGAAAGUGACUAUGAAAUGUCAGAAAGUGAAAGCAGUGAUGAAGAAGAUUUUGAUGCAUCUCAAGCAUCCAGGACUUACAAACUUUCUUUGGAGGAUGAAUUCUUACUGACUGUAAUGAAACUUAGACUGGGGUUAUUUAACAAGGACUUGGCAAACCGUUUUCAAAUUUCGUUAUCAAUGGUGUCAAGAAUUUUCAAUACAUGGAAAAUUUAA